AUGGCGGACGAUCAGCACGAGACGGCGCCCUUGGGCCCCUUCUCCCCUGUGGAGGCUUCCCCAGGUCACACGCUCCUGGCGUCUGAACCGGGCACACUGUCGACGUCGUCUUCGCCUUCUUCCGCUGCAUCUGCUGUUCCUUCGUCUUCGUCCUCGCUGUCUUUUUCUUCUCGCUGCGUUGAAUUCGCCCCGGAAGUUCGACAAGACAGUGUCGCUUCCUCGGCAGACGAACAGCUCGGCCCCGGACACGCGCACGCCGCUCCCGAGCGGCAAGACUCCAGAUACAAGGCCUUCCCGAGGCGUCAGGACUCAAAGUAUUUCCUCGACUCUGUGCCCCAUCCCCAGAUGUCGAUGAAAGCGAUCGGAACUGCGCACGGGCGAGAACCCGUCGAGCGAGGGGACGAGCCUCGAGGGGACUCAGGCCCCGAGAGGCGGGCGUCCCUAGCGACAGGGUCUGAAAUCAAUCGACGCGCCUCUGGAAGCGAAGACCCCGCAGGAGCGGCGGCGACAGCCACACAGAAAGGCAGCGUCAUGACUGCAGAGCUUGGUGGCUUUUACCGGAAACUCUUGGGUGAAGACUGGCGAGAGCAAAUCGCAGAAAUGAAUGAGGAGACACUUCUGGACCCAUUCGACGAGGCGGACGACGAGGACAUCUCGGCGGGCGCUGGCCCCGCGGCUGCGCCCGCUGCCGCUCCAGGAGACGAUCUCAACCUCCCCGACAAGCACCACGGGAAAGUUCGUCAGAGAAUUCGGAGGCGCGAUGUAACAGCUUCCAAGGACAUUAGCGAUCAAGUGGCUGACGAUCUUCAUCUUGGAGAGGACGAAGAGCCGCUGAUAACUCCAGACGACAUUGCAGAAAUUCGAGCGACGGCGUGGAUCCCCGCGGGCGAGGGCCUGCCUGUCCUAAGCGAAAUGGAGCUCGGCUACCACCGCGCCUGGGACGUGGGCAAGAAGGGCUGUCUCGCUGUAAAGGUCGACGGAAUUUGGGAUUCUGCUGUCAAGGGAAACAAAAUGCGCUUCUUCGUUAUGGAUGGCACAGAUACAGAGUCGUUUCUAACCUUCUACUCCAAGUCGGAUCUCCAGGCGGCGCGAGGUCUUCAGUCCGAAAAGCUCGGCAUCAUUACAGCGUGGGACAUGCGAGAUGGAUACUGGAAUUACCCGAAGAAGAAGAUUUUCAUUCAGCGGUCAGAUCGGAAAAACCGCGAGUGCAUCCUUGAGGGCUUCACUGCAGAAUUCUACGACGCUAUGCUGCUUUGCAUAUGGGAAAUGUGCGUCCAGGCCUCUAUCGAGCAACUGAAACACCAGCGGCGUCGCGAGCGGAACAAGCGGCGACAGUCCUUGUGUGGGAGCAUGCCGAAUAGCCGAGUCUCUGGCCGCGGAGGCGAGACCCGGCACAUGUCGGCGGCGUUGGUGACCUUCAAGGACGUGCCUCGCUACAGAGGGAAGCGCAGCGAGAGUCAAGCUCUGGAGCCGAACAGAAGCGUCGCGGAAAUGCGCGAAGCCGCGGCUGUCCACCGUCAAGUGAUGAAGCAGCUGUGUGCAGAGUGGCGCAGCGUACUCCACCGGCGAGGCCAGGCGGACGUGGAAACUUGGCUGAGGCGUCGCCGGAAGGGCCGAAGCGCGGGGGGCCGAGAGGACGCGGGCGACUCCAGACGCCGCGAACAAGACGGUCAAGCUGAGAUUCGCCAGCGAAGUAUGCGGCGGAUGGCGUCUCGAGGGGGAUCAACGCCUCACGAGAGAAAGGGGAAUGCGGCUGCGUCUUGGAGCAGAUCGGGCACGCAUGCAGACGUCGAGACGGGCGGAGUCACGCCCUCGCCAAGCGACGCGACUCCGUUGCGCGACUCGCGGCGGUCGACAAGCAGAACGGGAGUCCCGCGGGAACCUAACGGAGAGAACCGUGAGGCAGAUAGCCACAGUGGGGAGGACUGGACGGAAGAAGACGCACAUUCGUGGGAAAGAGGGGACGCGUCGAGUGACAACCUGGCCCAGGGGUUGGCCCGAGACCGGUCGCGGGCAUCAGGCAGCCGCCUGUUUGGGGGACUCCCUCGACAACCGGUUCGGUCCGCCCAGCUGGAGGCAGAGCGCCCGGGGGUAAAUAGCGGCGGCGAAUUCGAGGUCGACAGUCCGUCUUCCGAGUGGCGGCGAGCAGGUGCGGAACAAUUGCCUGCGCUGUCCCUCGAGGGCCUCUCGCCCUUCAGCUCGGGCCCGGGCCCCCGCAUGUCCUUCAGUGGCAGGGAGCUUGGCCGGAGAAAGAGCUUGGCGUCGAAGCGCGGGUUGGGAAACGGCCUUUCUGGAUCGAGCACCAAACUCAGCAAGUACGAGUCGCUCAAUCGCGUCCCUCCUGCGAGGCCUCAGGGCAGUGAAACGCCGCUGCUGACUCCCGGCGAGAUGACUCCGCGGGAUCCCGAGGACGAACGCCCCAAGUUCGGCUAG